UAUCGGCGCAGGAAUCUGGUCGAUAGCCAGAGCAAAAAAAAAAUAACAUUAUCAAACAAAAAUUUCCUCAUUUUCGAGGACGGCCAAUACAUUUUUAGCCAUCAUUUAUUAUAGGAAAUCCAUAAAAUAUCUAAUUUUCAAUUAAAGUAAUUCUUAAAUUACAUUAACUAUAUAAUAUUUCUCAUAAACAAAACAAUAUAAAAUGACCAGAGCCAGUAUCGAAUUGGGCGAUGUUACUCCCCACAAUAUAAAACAAUUGAAAAAACUAAAUACAGUAGUUUUUCCCGUCUCCUAUAAUGACAAAUUCUAUGUGGAUGUUUUAGAAGCCGGUGAAUUGGCCAAAUUGGCUUAUUACAAUGACAUAGUGGUGGGUGCUGUCUGUUGUCGCAUUGAUACUUCAGAAAACCAGAGACGUUUAUAUAUCAUGACUUUGGGUUGUUUAUCACCCUAUCGUAGAUUAGGUAUUGGUACUGUUAUGUUCCAGCAUAUAUUAAACUAUGUUGAAAAAGAUGGUAACUUUGAUAGUAUUUUUUUGCAUGUCCAAGUUAACAAUGAAGGUGCUAUAGAAUUUUAUAAGAAAUUUGGUUUUGAAAUUGUGGAAACCAAAGAGCACUACUAUAAACGCAUCGAACCAGCUGAUGCUCAUGUUUUACAAAAGAAUCUACGUUUGAACUCAUCUUCGUCAGCGCAUCAUCAAUGUAAUGGUCAAUCGGAGAAGCGUGAUAAUAAGAAAACUGCCUAAUGUUAUUGUUGUACAAUUACUUAACUUACAAACAAACACACACACACUCAAACUCGUACGUUUGCUAGCGAACGUCCUUUAUUGGGAUUAUAUAUAUACACAAACAAAACAUAUAUAUAAACUAAUUAUAAUAAAAAAAUAAUUAAUUUUUAAAGGUAGUUUUCCAUUAAAAAAAAGGAAAUGUGAAUAUUUUCUCUGUUGUUUAUAGAAGAACGAUUUUUUAUGGACUUGUUUCAAAUUUGAUGUAUCUUUAUAUUUCAACAGAGAAAAUAUACUAUUGAAAGAAUUCAAUU